UUCUUUUCCUAUUUCUUUUCUUCCUUCUUAAAUAUAUGGUAUUUCCUUCACAAAAUUUUUUUUUCUUUAUUUUUCCUCUAUUAAUAUUGGACCAGUCACCUUGUCGUCCUUCCUUCUCUCUUCGCUCUUUUAACCACAGAAACAUUGUAACUCCGGAUAGAAACAAGGAAUGAAUGGCCCUGGAAGCCUUGAGCCAGCAGAUUCUGAUGAGUUUGUUGAAGUUGAUCCUACUGGAAGAUAUGGAAGAUACAAUGAAAUUCUUGGCAAAGGAGCUUCAAAGACAGUUUAUAAAGCCUUUGAUGAGUAUGAAGGAAUUGAGGUGGCAUGGAAUCAAGUAAAGCUCUAUGAUUUUCUCCAAAGUCCUGAGGAUCUUGAGAGGCUUUACUGUGAAAUUCACCUACUCAAGACCUUAAAGCAUGAGAACAUCAUGAAAUUCUACACUUCUUGGGUUGAUGCAGCUAACAGGAACAUCAACUUUGUCACUGAGAUGUUCACCUCUGGUACUCUCAGACAGUAUAGGCUAAAACACAGAAGAGUAAAUAUUACGGCUGUGAAACAUUGGUGUAGGCAGAUAUUGAAGGGGCUUCACUAUCUCCAUAGCCAUAACCCCCCGGUAAUCCACAGAGAUCUCAAGUGUGACAACAUUUUUGUUAAUGGCAACCAAGGAGAAGUCAAGAUUGGUGAUCUUGGCCUAGCUGCAAUCCUUAAGAAAUCCUAUGCUGCUCGUUGCGUUGGAACGCCAGAGUUCAUGGCUCCGGAGGUGUAUAAAGAGGAAUACAAUGAAUUAGUUGACAUAUAUUCAUUUGGGAUGUGUGUGUUGGAGAUGGUUACCUUCGAAUUUCCAUAUAGUGAAUGCAACCACCCUGCUCAGAUAUACAAGAAAGUUAUAUCUGGGAAAAAACCAGAUGCUCUAUACAAAGUAAAGGACCCUGAGGUGCGACAGUUUGUUGAGAAAUGUCUAGCAACCGUGUCGAGUAGACUUUCUGCCAGAGAGCUUUUGAAUGACCCUUUUCUCCAAAUUGAUGAUUAUGGAUAUGAUUUGAGGUCAUUAGACUACCACUGUGAUUCGAAUGAAACGGAAACUCUCGUAAGACAACCUUUCUAUGGAAUUAAUCACACUAACAACUCUUUGACUAAGGAUUAUGCCCAUUAUAUUGGUUAUGAUCCUGAGAAAGAGCUAGAAUACCAUAAAUUUGAGUAUGAACCAAGUGAAAUUGAUCUCUUCUCUUGUCAAGAGGAUGAGCAUUUAGAAAAUAUGGACAUCACAAUCAAAGGUAGGAGGAAAGAGGAUGAUGGCAUCUUCUUAAGGCUUAGAAUUGCAGAUGAAGAAGGUCGCAUUCGAAAUAUCUACUUCCCAUUUGACAUUGAGACUGACACUGCUCUGAGUGUUGCAGCUGAAAUGGUUUCUGAGCUUGAUAUCACUGGCCAAGAUGUGUUGAAGAUAGCAGAUAUGAUUGAUAGUGAAAUACCAAGCUUGGUGCCUGAAUGGAAGAGGGGACAGGGGAAAGUGGAAAGUCCGCAGGGUACAGAUGCAACUUUCUGUCACAAUUGCUCUUCAUACGGUCACCUGUUGGAUUACAUGUCAUCACAUAGUCCAGGAGCAAAGAGCUUGCAAGUUCUUCAGUGUACUAAGCAAGGAUGUGCCAAUGCACACGGCCGAUUUGAGGAGAUCACAUACCAAGUUGAAGGACUAGAAAAAUGUUCCAGCACUGACUGUGCAGCAGGUGGAUCAAACCAAUCCAAUGGCAUAAGUUAUACUGAUAUCUGGGCUCAGCGAGAUGCACCAGAAUUAACUUCACAAGGAUCAAGAGAGAUUCACUGUGAUGAUGAAGGACAUGAUGCAGUGGACCAAUCAAUUUUUGAAAAGGAAGAGAGAAUCAUAAACAUGGAUAGUCUCUGUGAAUCCAAAACAAGAAAUUGUGUCUCUUCAAGCCUUUCGGCUGAUUGUGCUCGCUGGGAUGAUUAUGAAAAUGAAAUUAGGCAAGAACUGAGGUGGCUUAAAGCAAAAUAUCAGAUGCAGUUAAGAGAGCUUAGAGGCCAACAGUUGAGUGUGGAUCAAAAAAAAGAUAGCGAAGUGCCUUUGCCUUCAAUUUUGCCUAAAGUAAAGACAGAGAAAUAUAAACCCUCCCUGAAAUCUCUUCCAUCUGGGAAGCAUUUAAGUUCAACCUUCCUUACUGAUACUGAGAAGAGAUGCACCAAUUCAGAAUACCAACUAGUCCAAAAUUUUGAGGCAAUCAAAAGGGGAUACAGUCCUGAGCAAAUUGUCACUGCUAAGAGUUUCUAUACUGGAGAUUUGCUUCCAUGUUCUCUCCACAGAGCAACCUCCCUGCCAGUUGAUGCUCUUGAUGUUUAAUAACAGCACAGUUUUCUACUGACUUCAUCAAGUGUGCACUACACCCACAUAUUAAUCAAUAUCAAGGAUGCUUCUCUCUAUUGAUAAGGUAAAAAAAGUGGCGAGGAAAUUAGCUGUACAAGCAGAGAUGUAUUUUUUACAGCUUUUUGCAGUCUAUCCUCAUAUGAGAUCUGUUGGGAAAAAAUCGAAUGUUCAUUACCAAUUAACAUCCAAGUAAACAAGUUUCCUCAAA